UUGAUACAAUUUAAUUUUCUACAGGCUUUAAAAUGAUCUGAGACUUGAGGCAGAUUCGAAUUGGCGCACGGUUCUGUGUGCAAUAUUCCUACACAUUCAUUUGUGACACUUACACUAGCAAUCAGGUAUUGAAUUAACAAUAGCAGUACAUAAUAAGGUCAGCAAACAAACACAACGCGUCAAUGAAUUAUAUAGGAUUUGAUUAUUGUUUCAUUUUCGUAUUUUAUUCGAUAAGGGUCACGUAACGAUAAUUAGAAAACCUUGCCUGUUUCGUUCUGUUCGAAAUAUCGGUGGUUUGUUUUCGUUAAAUCAUAGGAAUAAUUGAAUUGGAUUUCACUGUUGUGUUAAAGUGAUGUUGACAUAAUUGGUUGGCUGUUUAUGUUUUCACAUCUUACCAUUUACGUAGUUGGUUGUGGAUUGAAAUACUUACGUAUAUUUCAACUUUAUAAAAAGCAUCGUCAAAAUCUGUAGCAUUUAAAAAUUAGAUAUUUUGUAGCGGUUAUUGUAAUGCAAGAGAAAAAAGGUGACAAGUAAACUGAUCCGUUUAUAAACAGAAACAUGGUUUGAUUUUAGUUGUCUUGCGAAGAUCCUGUUUAGUAAUUUAGUUUUCCAAUUGAAAAGUACUUAUUCUUGGAAAUAAUCCUGGUGCGAUAUCAAGCCAUGUGACGGUAUCGACAGAAAAGCCUUUUUUAUUUCAUAACGUAAGGUGCGUUACGUGGCGUUACUUAACAUGGGUGAUGACGUUUCGACAAGCUGUCAAAUUUUUCACCGAACUGGCGACUUUGAGCAAGCUGAAACAUAAAGAAAAACAAACGGAUUAUGCGUGUCGCUGGGAUGGAUUUUGCAGCAUAAAACCUACUAAUUUCGGGAAACAGUAAGGACGUUUUAUUUUAUUUGUGAUUCAGUUAGUUUGGCGUAAAAAUUUUGCGUUCGUCAUGUUUACGCUGUGGACUCUCGUUGAAGCAUCCCUGCUCUGUUUGAAUGCGAUAUGCAUUCUGCACGAAGAGAGAUUUUUGUCGAAAUUUGGUUGGGGCGCAACUGCUGCUCAGAUUCAGGGAUUCGGUGAAGCUCCUACAGUGAAAGCACAGAUUUUGAAUUUGGUCCGGUCCAUACGAACUGUAGCCAAAAUACCUUUGAUAUUUCUCAACGUGUUAGCGAUAAUAUUUAAACUAGUACUAGGGUAGUUGAAACAAUUGUAUAUGUGCGGCACUGUUUUGUAUUAUAAAACUGUAUAUUGAGAA